UUCUUUGACAACUGAAUUAGAUUAUCCGAGUCUGCGGGUAACACUUCAGUGUAAUUUGUUUAUCUGACAAAGAUAAUCAACUUAUUUGCUCAUAAGCUACGGCGCCGAUUAUGUCAUAAUAGUUUCCUCUUUCCUUGCAGCGGACAGAUGACGGUCAUCUAAUAUAAACAAGCAGCCAGAGCUUUCUUUCUUCUUUUUUCUUCUUCUUCUUUUUUUUUUUUUUUUUUUAAUUUAUUGUUGCCUAUAUAAGGAGGAGGGGGGGAAGAGGAAACAUCUGAGCAUCUAUUCACGGGACAAACUUCCCGGUCAUCAGAGAGACCUCCGGGGUAGCAACAUGUCAAACACUGACGUGAAGACACUCGAGUUAUUCAGCCACAUCCUUAAUGCCUGCCACGUAGGCCCGCUGUGCAACAGCUCUCAGCUGAUUUUUAACAGCACAAGUAUCGUGGACGGGCUGGAGAUUUUUGAUGACGGAUCUCCGUGGCUAAGAAUAGUCAUCUCCGUGGUUUACUUUAUUGUGGCUACGGCAGGAGUGCUGGGGAAUUUGUUGGUCAUGUUCCUGCUUUACUCCACUCACACCAUCACUACGGGCACAAUCAAUUUCUUCGUCUUCAACCUAGCUUUGGCUCAUCUGCUGUUUUCCCUGGCCUUGCCUUUUUGGGCCGUGGACAUAGCGCUCGACUACAGCUGGCCUUUUGACUUGGCCACAUGCAAGGCUGUGUCCUUGCUCACUGGCCUGAACGUGUUCGCGAGCUGCUUCUUCCUGACGGCCAUGAGCGUGACCAGGUACUGCUACGUGGCCACCGCUCUGAGACCCACCGCUUCCCUGUGCAGCAGGACGUGCACUUCUCCGGUGGUCACGGCCUUCAUCUGGGCCGCGGCGCUCGUGGCGGCGGCUCCCCGAGCCGUGUUUGCAGACCUGAGCCGCGUGGGCGGCGGCAACGACACGGCGUGCCUGCUGCGUUUCCCGGACGGCACGGCCUGGCUCGGAGUGAACCAGCUCCUGCGCUUGGUGCUCGGGUUCCUGCUGCCCUACGCCACCAUCAUCCUCUCCUACCUGCUCCUGCUGCGCUUCCUGUGCCGCCACAAACUGAAGAGCGGCAACCCGCGGCGGAAGGCUGACAUCACCAAGUCCGUGGCGGUGGUGGUGCUGUCGUUCUGCGCCUGCUGGUUCCCCUACAACGUCCUCACGCUCUGGAGCGUCAUGAUCCAGCUCGACAUCGUCGACAUCAGCCCCUCGUUCCUCUCGGCCCAGACGUAUUUUUUCCCCCUGGCCAACUGCUUGGCUUUCACCAGCAGCUGCUUCAACCCUGUCAUCUACUGCCUGGUCAGAAAAGAAUACCGCCUGGCUCUCCAUAAUGUGCUCCUCAAACUGAGCCUGGCUAUCAUGUCCAAGAUGCCCUACAGCAGGAACUCAGAGGAGGGGUCGGGGCAAGCCGGGCAGAUGGCUAUUCCUCUCAACAACAUGUACAGCCAGACAUCCCAAACUGAAGUGAGUUGCGCACCGCUGUCGAAGCUUCCAGCUGCAGUGUCCCCUCUGUAAAGCCAUAACACAGCGACGUGUCUGUGCUGUGCAUGAGUAUAUACGCUCACACAGGCCUGUCACAGUUAUUAUACAAUUCUCUGAGCUGAUUAUAAUUGCUUUGCAUCAUCAUUUCCAUACACCUGCGUAAAAACAGCUGAGUGACGCUAAUAAAGAUUGGGUAUUUCCAUCUUUAUUCCACCGUUUGAGGUUUUUAAGGCGUCCCCUUCCUCUGCUGGUGGUCCGGUAGCAUACAAAAGGAGAACUAGUUCAACCGACUGUUAAUUCUCCUAAUAUUCAAUUCAAUUUUAUUUGUAUAACGUCAAUAACAAGAUAAGAUCAGGCCUGGAACCUCCAGAGUAACUUCCUUUUAACGGGACGAAAGAAACCUUGAGCAGAACCCCGCUCAUAUGGAGAGAAGCGUCCAUCUAAGGCCGGAUGGGUAGAGAGAUAAGAAACAAGAUAAACCAACAUCUGGCUAAAGCAAACAUGUAGAAUCUGAUGAUGACGCAAAUACAAGCUGCAGCUGAUGAUGUUACGUGACAGUCUGAGAGUAUAGGAGGGAGGCAGGUUGGAGCAUUGUUCACCCAGGGAGGAGUGGGUGACGGCGGGCCGUGAAGACUGGGCAGGUUAAUGAGACCACGAUUUGUGGGGAAAGAAAGUGGUUGAAAACCAGCAUUUAAGGAAUAGCGUCAACAGUUUGACAAAGACCAUCAAAUACAAAUACACACAGUUCACAGCACAUCAACAAAUUAACUCUUCAUGGGGUAUUACAUACAUGAGCAGUACAACGCCUUUGUUGUUAUUGCAGAAAAGAGCAAUCUGGAUUGUCCACAAAGUCAGUUUGUGGACAAUUUGAAACUUACAGAGAUAAUAAUAAAACUUCAGACAUUACUAAGUAUGUUCAAAGCCAAAAUCAGAGUUUUACCAGACAACAAAAGCCAUUUGUGUUCAUUUCAGAAGAUGAAAAUCACAGAAGAAGAUUUGAUUUUAAGCACCAAGUUGCUACUUUGGAACAAAUGUGUAUUUUGUGGAAAAAAAAAAUUGUAAAAAUAUGAAAUUCCCAACUGCAGGAAUUAAAAGCUUGCACAAAUAUUCAUCAAUUAAAAAAAAAAAUGUAUAAAUGCAAAAUAAAAUUGUCGAUAUGCACUCAGAUAAGAACUUGGAUGUUACUGAUUAAUUGUUUUGAGCUUGUAAGUUUGUACUCGUAUGGGUUAUUUUUUAUUUAGUUUAUUUGUGCUGUUGGUGUAGUAGGCUACAGAAAAUCGACUUUAUGAAACAUUUUCUUCUCGCUGCUCUUUUCCAGUCACGAUGUUGAUUUCAGAAAGGUUCAAUUAUGUACAAAUUCUGUUGUCCACUUUCAUGUAAGGAAUGAAUAAAUAAAUAAAACUGUAACCUGGAUAGUUUUAAGGGAUUUCACAACGACAAACCUUUUUCCCUGUAAGGAUGUACAUUAUGUAAAUAUGUUAAAGACUUUUUCUGCUUUUGUGAGUCUCAUUCAUGAACAGUGUCAUAACAAAGUCUUACUCAUUGUUUGUGUUAUUAGCAUAAAACUCCUUCCAAUAAUCUACUACUGCUGUGUACCAGUGUUUGAUAAAACGGAUGCUGCUGUGCUGUCGGUUUAACUUCGCUCUUAAAAACACGUUGAAAAUAAAAGUUUAUCCC